GAACUUUUCCAUUUUAGCACGUGUCUUAUUGACAAUUCUUCAUUUGUAAUUACUAUUUAAACUUCUCAUUAGUUAGAAACGUUCUCUGAACAUGAGUGGUCAGCUUGACUAAAUGAAAAACCCGAGACCAGAUUUCCAUUUUUAACCGACAGAAACGCUGAUUUUUCCACCCGUUUAACGUUACUUGUCCCGUUUACAACUGAUUCGCUUCUUCUGUUGGCUCUAUCUCUCUGACUAAAAAGCGUUAACUUCCUCUCUUUGAUUUCCUGUUAUGGGAUGAAACCGCGGUGAUACAAUUAUUUCGUGAGAUUGUCCGAUACUUACGAGAGAAUGAUGAAUGAUGAAGCGGAGAUAAAAUUCUAACGGUAGUUACUCAUCUGCUCAAAACGCCAGAAAUGAUUCAUCAUUCAACGAGAAGAGAAGUUUUCUGAGAAGAAAUAGCUGGUGGGAUGGAAUCGAGUGGAUGGCUACUCGGUAACGAAAAUAAACAGGACAGCAAUUACAAUAUGCAGUUGACCGGAGGUAAAGUCGAUUUUUAAAACUGAGUGAAGUGCACAGCUGGAAGAAUAGACAUCAAGAGGACAUCCCACGUCUUGUUUUUUGUUUGCGUAACCCAUAUUGAAAGGAAAGUUACAUGUAUUUCACAUGAAGACACUGGACGUUCGAAAAAUAUGAUGUAUUACAAUAUGAGAAUUAUCAGGCAAGCGCCAUUUAUUUUAGUAUAUUUAUCUGGUGUUUGGAUUGCACCUGUGUACUUACACCCACAGUGUCUAGAUUUUAAGCCUCCAUUUCAACCCCAAGAACAGCUUGCAUUUUGCGCAAUGUACAAGAAUUUCGGUUGCUGUGAUUCUGCGAAGGACCAGGAACUGAUGGCGAAGUUCUACCGGAUCAUGGAUAAUUUUGACUAUUACGGUUAUGCAAGUUGUGCAGGAUACGUGCAAGACAUUAUUUGUCAGGAAUGUUCCCCUUAUGCAGCACACCUCUUUGAUGCAGAAGACCCCAGCACACCUGUGAGAUCUAUCCCAGGGCUUUGCGUAGACUACUGCUCUCAAUACUGGCUGAAGUGCAGGUCAACCAUCACUCUCCUCUCUGAUGACAAGCAUCUGGCAGAGAUAGAACAGGACCAGCAUAGGUUCUGUAAGCACAUGGAACUAGAAGACCCAGACUACUGCUACCCCCACCUACUGAGCAAUGACCAGCUGACUAGAAACCUGGGGCGAGUGAAUGCGGACCCUGAGGGCUGUCUACAGUUGUGCCUGGAGGAAGUGGCUAACGGGCUACGGAACCCUCUGGCUAUGGUACAUGCCAACGAUGGUACGCAUAGGUUCUUUGUGGCGGAACAGGUGGGUGUGGUUUGGACAUACCUGCCGGAUCGCUCCAGGCUAGCAAAGCCCUUCCUGAACAUCUCUAAGACAGUACUGACUUCUCCCUGGGAGGGGGAUGAGCGAGGAUUCCUGGGAUUGACCUUUCACCCAAAUUUCAAGUACAACAGAAAGUUGUACGUCUAUUACUCGGUGGAGGUGGGUUUCGACGAGAGGAUCAGAAUCAGCGAAUUCCGCGUCUCUGCCACCGACAUGAAUGUUGUAGACCACAGCUCAGAAAGGAUUAUUUUAGAGAUUGAUGAACCGGCGUCAAAUCACAACGGUGGGCAGCUGCUUUUUGCUGAUGACGGAUAUUUGUACAUCUUCACUGGGGACGGAGGAAUGGCCGGGGAUCCAUUUGGGAAAUAUGGAAAUUCGCAGAACAAGUCUGCCCUGUUGGGUAAAGUUCUUCGCGUUGACGUGGACAAUAAUGACAGGGGGCCGGUGUACAGGAUUCCGCCCGACAACCCCUUCAUACGUGAUCCAGAGGCUCGGCCAGAGGUGUACGCUUACGGGGUUCGCAAUAUGUGGCGAUGCUCAGUGGACAGGGGAGAUCCCCACACCAGGGAAGGGAAAGGAAGGAUCUUCUGUGGAGACGUAGGACAAAAUAAAUAUGAGGAAGUAGACAUCAUAGAGAAAGGGAAGAAUUAUGGCUGGAGAGCAAAAGAAGGUUUCUCUUGUUAUGAUAAGAAACUCUGUUCCAACAGCUCUUUAGAUGAUGUUCUUCCGAUAUAUGCCUACCCACACAAAAUGGGGAAAUCGGUUACAGGGGGCUACAUCUACCGAGGUUGCGAAUAUCCCAAUUUAAACGGAAUGUACAUAUUUGGCGAUUUUAUGAGUGGGCGCAUGAUGAGCUUACAGGAGAACAGGCGUACGCGGCAGUGGGAAUACAAUGAGAUCUGCAUGGGAAUGGGGCUCACGUGCGCCUUCCCAGGCCUCAUCAACAACUACUACCAGUACAUCAUCUCCUUUGGAGAAGAUGAGGCAGGAGAACUGUAUUUCAUGUCCACUGGAGUUCCAAGUGCAACGUCAGCUUCAGGUGUUGUGUACAAAUUGGUAGAUCCUUCUCGACGCGCACCACCAGGAAAAUGUCAUUAUGACCCACUCCCUGUCAAAGUUAAAAGCAAGCUGAUAAAAUUCAAUCCAAAGGAAAAAUUGACAGGAGUAGAAUUGCCAACAAAACUGCCAAAAGAACCUGCAGGUCAGCGUCCGACAGCCCCAGCACGCACCCAGACCACCACCACAGACUGGCUCCAGGAACUGAUGGACCUCCUCAGGGAACAGGAAGCAGCCUUGGGGAGGACCACCCCAGCCACCUCGAGGGCCGGCGGCGGCGCCCGGACACGCAGGCCAGGCCGACAGCGCAAGGGCCGGCGCAGGAAGGUCAAGCACCGCUCGGAGGCGUCGCCCCGCAACGGAGGCGUGAGACUGGUGGGGGACGAGGAAGGACGGAACGACCGAGGACGGGUGGAGAUCUACGCCAACGGGGAGUGGGGGACGGUGUGCGACGACCUGUGGAACACAAAGAACGCCGCUGUGGUCUGCCGCCAGCUCGGCUACCGCUACGCGCUGAAGGCCGCCAAGCACGCCGAGUUCGGCGAGGGGACGCGCCUGAACAUCCUCCUGGACGACGUGCAGUGCGCGGGGACCGAGCAGACCCUCCUGGACUGCAAGCACGCGGGCGUCGGAAAGCACAACUGCGCCCACUACGAGGACGCCGGAGUCAUAUGUGGGAACACAGAGUAUGUAGAGUACUAAGGUACCCUGUAAACAGUGCGGCUGGGUUUGCAAAGUGAAAUUCAGACUAAGAACAGAAACAUAAAGCCUCAUCUAAUUUCCGUUGACAUGGCACAUAGGUCUACCUCUUUCACCAAGGUUUUAAGAUGUCAUGCUAAUUUUCUGAAAUAAAAAACAAAAAUUGUAUGUAAACAUUUUUUUUUGUGUGUAAAAUUUAUCCAAAACUUAAUAUUUUGGCUGAUUAUAUGGUACAUUUUGUUAAAUUUCAUUGCACAUGGCUGGCUUUAAUCACUUUUAACAUGUUCAAAGUAUUGGCUGACUGAAUGUAUCAGAAACUGCAAGUUAUUUAAUGGCCUUUAAUGUUCAGUUACUGAAAUAAAUGGCACAAAGAGGUUAUAUUAUCAGCAUGUUUUCACUAUGGUUCAUUAAGUACUGUUUUCAUAUUUAUUGUGUGUUCCAUUUGUUCAUAAUAUCCAAGGAGAUGAUUUGACAUAAACAUAAUUUUAAGCCUAAUUUAAUAACAACUGUUGCAUAAAAAGUCUAGGCAAACAAUAAAACUAGGAGUAGACCUGUUUGAAAGCAUCUAAUUCUCUGUUUUGUCCCAGAUGUUUCCAGUAUUUUAAAAAUUCAUUACUGAAUCAGAGCUUUGAACAUAGCAGGCAAUCUGAUACUAGUAAGUAUAACAUUCUGAUUACUCUGGAUAUUUAAUUGUGUUUGUGCCUCACUGGCCACAAGUGUACACUGUCCACAUCCAUUUUUGCACUUAGCUCUUUUAACCAUUAAUAAACAAUUUGCUAAACAACUA